AUGGAUCUCUCCAACCUUCUGUCUCACGCGGCUGUCAAGCCGAUGUAUACUCCUCUCGAGUCCAGCUACUAUAAGCGCUCGCCGCCUCUGUCGCCGCCAGCCGAAGAGCCCAAGGUCUCAUUGCCUUCAAUCUCAUCUCUCUUUGAGGGUGCCGAUGGUGCUCAGCAAGCAGCUAAGCGCCAACGCCUCUCACCAUCUCUCGGUGAACGCCACAUCCGGGUCCAGUCCUACGAGAUGCCCCCAACACCACCUAUGCGCCCCGGCUCCGGCCACGCUCACCGUCGCGCAUCACCCGUGGAGUCGCUCUCGCACAAGGAAGCCCACCACCAUCUUCACCGUUCCUCAAUCUCCAGCACCAGCUCAAUCCACAUCCCCCGCAACUCAGCACCCUACGCCUCGCCCGCACCAAGCGUCUCAUCCUACACAUCUCCAAUCGACGCUCCUCAACAGCCAAUGUACUAUCCUCGUCCACCAACCGCAUCAUCCUUCCAGCCCUCAACCCCAGCAUCAGCUCCCCAGAUGCCCGCAGUCCAGGUCCAGACGCAGCAGCCUCACCCCCACUCCCACGCCCACUCGUCUCCGGCUCUCAUCUCCCCCGUCACCCCGGCCUGGCAGCACCACCACUACUUCCCGCCCUCGACCUCAGCCCCGUACCAGCAGAACCACGACCGGUAUAUCUGCCGUACCUGCCACAAGGCUUUCUCGCGCCCUUCUUCCUUGCGCAUCCACUCCCACUCGCACACUGGUGAGAAGCCCUUCCGCUGCACGCAUACCGGCUGCGGUAAGGCUUUCUCUGUGCGCAGCAACAUGAAGCGCCAUGAGCGUGGUUGCCACUCUGGUCGCCCGGGCCCUGCUGCUGUCGCCACUGCGCUUGUUGUAUAA